GCAGACCUUCAGCCCCUUUUUUCUCUUCAGUUUUUGAAAAUUAACAAAACCCAGAUUACAGUUCCAUUUUAACGAUCCAAAUGUGUAAAGUUCCGGUUCAACAAGACCAUGAAACCAUGCCAAGUUUCGAUCAUUGCACGAGGUUCAAGCGUUUCAAACUCCUCGAGCCAUCCGUGGGUGUUCUCGGCUUCUUCCUCGUUUCCGUUUGUGUGAUUUGUUGCUUCUUCUACUUGGAUUAUAGGGCUGUGGCUAAAGGGUAUAUGGUUCCUAAUCUGGGUGAAAGAUUCAUGUGGCUUAAACUAGAUGAGUCUUCUUCUUCGUCGAUAAGUGAGAUUGAAAGAGUUGAUUUCUUGAGCCUUGAAGGCGAAGGGUGUGACGUGUUCGAUGGUGAUUGGGUAUGGGAUGAAAGGUACCCUCUUUAUGAAUCCAAAGAUUGCAGCUUUCUUGAUGAAGGGUUUAGGUGUACUGAAAAUGGACGGCUGGAUUUGUUCUACACCAAGUGGAGGUGGCAGCCUAAGCAUUGUAACCUCCCCAGAUUCGAUGGGAAGGUGAUGUUGGAGAUGUUGCGGAACAAGCGGUUGGUGUUCGUCGGUGAUUCGAUCGGAAGGAACCAAUGGGAAUCGCUCCUCUGCAUGCUUGCUUCCGAUGUCGAUAAUAAAGAUUCGAUAUACGAAGUGAAUGGCAAUCCGAUCACGAAGCAUAAAGGGUUCUUGGUGUUCAAGUUCAAGGAUUAUAAUUGCACGGUCGAGUACUACCGAUCUCCUUUCCUCGUCUUACAGAGCAGGCCGCCUCCCGGGUCUCCGCAAAACAUCAAGACAACCCUCAAGUUGGAUCAAAUGGAUUGGAAUUCUAUCAGGUGGAAAGAUGCAGAUUUCCUGGUCUUCAACACCGCUCAUUGGUGGAAUCAUGAGAAGACCAUUAGAAUGGGAUGUUUCUUUCAAGAAGGGAAGAAAAUCGAAACGGAGAUGACGGUAGAACAUGCAUAUCGGAGAUCUUUAGAGACCGUGAUGCGGUGGAUACGUAAUGAGGUGAACACAAGUAAGAGCAAGGUCUACUUCCGCACAUUUUCUCCCGUGCAUUUCAGAGGAGAUUGGAAAACCGUGGGAAGCUGCCACCUAGAGAUGCUGCCGGAGCUGGGAACGUCGUCGGUGCCAACAGAAACUUGGGAACUUCUCGAAAUAGUGGAGGACGUGUUAUCAGCCCAAUCGAAUUCAUCAAAUGGAAUAAAACUCAACAUAUUAAGCGUCACUCAAAUGACAGCACCGAGGAAAGACGGUCAUGCAUCGCUAUAUUACUUAGGUCCCAAGGAAAGUCCAGCUCCUGUUCAUCGGCAGGACUGCAGUCAUUGGUGCCUACCCGGAGUACCCGACGCAUGGAACGAGCUAUUCUACGCAGUGUUCCUCAAGCAUUCUAUUAAUCACACAUUCGAUUCAUCGACAUACGAAGCAAAUGUGUGAUCCACCGUUGAAGACACUAAUUUAUACAC